AUGGUGGAUAUCAAGAACAAAUGGAAGGAAUUGAUCGAUAUUCUAGACAAUGAAUCAUUUUACAUCGGAUUAUUGCCAAAGUGCAAUGCUGAGGUAUGUUAUAGUAUGGCAUCGGCUUUGAAGAGGUUUCUAAGAGUUUUUUUUGAGGGGGGGGGGAGAGGUUUAAGGUAUUUUUUUGGGUUGAGGAGGGGUGUAACAUUAUUUUUUGGGUACGGAGAUAAGGCAAGGUAAAAAAAAUUGAAUUUGAAAGGGUGUGGUAAAUUAAAAAAAUUUUUUUUUUCUCAAAAUUUUUAUUUUUUGUGACAUAUGUUUUUGCUUUUGCUCCCAAUAAGUUAGGUAACAAAAAGUAGCAUUUCAAGUCACAAAAUGUAUAUUUUAGUUAAUAAAAUUAAUAUUUUAGGUAACAAAAAUCAUAUUUACCUGACGAAAGCCAUAUUAAGAUAACAAAACUAAUAUUUUCAGGAAAUUCUGAAAACAAAAGGAAUGUUCGCAAUUCGACUGGUCGAACACGAGCACUCUGGCAUCCUGAAGAUCAAUGUGAAAGGCGAAAAGACCAAUCACGACCUGACCGUGCAAAGCGACAACAACUCAUUUUGGCUGGGACCGAAGAAGAAGCCCGAAUUUAAAACCUUUGUCCAUCUGGUCGAAUAUUACCGCUCCAAUCCUCUACCGGUCGAUGAGAAAAUGCUCAAACUGAUAACGCCUAGUGUGAGGCCAUCGUUCCUGCUGCGGCGAACGGAUAUCAACAUUGGAAAGAAACGGCUGGGUAAGGGUUUUUUGGGGGUGGGGAAGGAGUGGAGGGCGGGGGUAAGGUAGAUAGGGUAAAGCAGGGUAAGGUAGAGCAAGGUAGAGUUGGGCAUAGUAAAAAAUUUAUAUUUUUUGUGGUUUUGAAGGCAGGGGAGAUCAAAAAACUUUUAAAAUAAUCCACAAGAGGGACCAAGGUCAACUUUUUUUAAAAAAUUUUUUCGGGCAGAGUAAAAACUUUAAAACUAAUUUUUUAAAUAACUAUUGUAAAGAAUAGACUGUAGUAAUCAACUGUCAAUUUUCUUAUUAAUAUCUUGGCUUUCGGCAGAGUUACAUCGUUUUGAAAAUGUCAAGUCUAAAAAAAAUUGAAUUUUUCUACAUAUUAAUUUUUAAUUUUUUUUUGAGUUUUAAUGACUUUUGUGCCAUUUUUUAUAUUAUACAUGUAUGUCAAAAUGUAAGAUAUUGUAGAUUAUUACAGUAAGUUAAAUAUUUUAGGCAGAGGCAACUUUUGCGACGUGUUUCGUGGCCAUUACAAGGAGAAGAUUGUCUGCGCAAUCAAGGUUUGUCAUCCGCCGAGAGGUAAGGCUAUUGGAACGUUUUAUCAGAUCGUUCAAUUAAUUCUGUGCUCUCUAGCCCUGAAAAUUUUCUUUGAUAGGGGCACAGAAUUAUUUGAAAAACCAAAUAAUUCAAAAUCGAUUUUGUGUUUUAGAAGACAUGGAAGCGCCGGCGGAGACGGCCGAGACCAAUGUCAUGAUUGCUGAAGCCAAUUUGAUGAAAAGUAUCGACCAUCCCAAUAUUAUCAAGGUAAACCUUAAAAAUUUUUGAAAAAAUGAAUUUUUGGUUUUAAAAUUGCCCCUAGGCUUCAAAGCGCCCACGCCAUUCUUUUUGCAUCAAGUUGAAAAUACGCUUUUUGCGUCAAAUAUAGAGUACGCCAUUCUUUUUGCAUCAACUUGAUAAUAAGUCAUCCUUUUUGCAUCAAAUUUGAAAUGAGCCAUUCUUUUUGCAUCAAAUUUGAAAUGAGCCAUUCUUUUUGCAUCAAAUUUGAAAUGCGCCAUUUUUUUUGCAUCUAUUUUGAAGCACGCCAUUCUUUUUGCAUCAAGUUGAAAAUACGCUUUUUUUUGCGUCAAAGUUAGAGUACGCCAUUAUUUUUGCAACAGGUGGAAAAUAAUUCAUUUUUUUGCAUCAAAUUGAAAACACGCAAUUCUUUUUGCAUCAAGGCGGGAUAAAUUUUUUAAAAGUAUUUUAAAAUUUAAAAAAAUUUUGAAAAAUUUUUAGUUUUACGGAAUUUGUUGUGACCAGAACCCAGUGAUGAUUGUGAUGGAAGUGUGUCCAGGUGGAGCAUUGCUUGGUCAUUUACAGAACGCCGGCAGUACAAUAUCGACGGGCGAAAAAGUCAAGUUUGCGUGCGAAGCGGCCGAAGGCAUGAAUCAUUUGCAUUCAAAGUAAGUUUUACUGUUAAAAGUUCAUUUUGUUGUAUUUUUUAUAUGACGAAGUGUCAAAAAUUGUUUAUUGAUUUUGGACAAAGUGUCAAAAAUCGUUUAUUGAUUUUGGACAAAAUGUCACAGAUUUUAUUGGUUUUAGAGAAGCUUCUUUUUAAUUUAAAAUUUUUUUAAAAAGCUUUUUAUCAGACGAAAUGUCAACAUUUUCAUUGCUUUCUUGACGAAAUGUCACAAAAGUUAUCGAUUUUUAAAAUUUUGAAAUUUUUGUAUAUGAUUUUAGAAAUGUCCUCCAUCGAGAUUUGGCCGCCAGAAAUUGCCUAAUCAGUAAGAAUGGCGUGAUUAAAAUUGGCGACUUUGGUUUGAGUAAAAUUGUAAACGAAAUUGGAGGGGAGGAUUUCAAGAAGAUGGCCGUUCCGGUACGAUGGAUGGCUCCUGAAACGUUGUGUGCCAAGCCAAAGUUCUCGAAGGCUUCUGAUGUUUGGUAAGGAUUUUUAGAUGGAUUUUUGGUUUUUGUUACCUAAAAUUAGGUUUUUUUCUUGCUUUUACUUGGUAAAAUGGUCUGUUUUGGCCUAAAAAGACUUUUUGUUACCUAAAAUUUAUUUUUAAGUAAUUUGAAGUUCUGUAAUGCAAAAGUUUCAGAAAAAUAUAACUUUUGUUACCUAAAAUCUUCGUUUUCAGGUCUUUUGGUAUCCUAAUGUACGAAAUUUUUGCCCUCGGCCAAAAACCAUGGCCAGACUGGGAGAACAAACGAAUAGCCACUCACAUCCGACGCUGCAGAAUGCCCGAACUUCCCAGCACAACGCCCGACAUUAUGAAGAAGUUGGUACUGGAGGGAAUCUGGCUCAAAGACCCCUCGAAGCGAUUGAACUUUUCUCAAAUUUGCAAAACCCUGCUACAGGCCAGCAUCAAGUACCCGGCACCCUUCCUCAGCAACUGUACCGUCAACUCGAUCCCCAACGUGAAGGCGAUGGGAGCCGAAGAGUUUGCACUUUUGUGCGAAACGGCCGAAGACAUUGCUCAGGAGGUGAACUCGGUCAAAACCGAUACCCACAAAGCGGUUAUGCCUAGAGGAAUGACGGAAGAUAGUUUGAGGAUAAAGGAUUCUGAUGCCGAGAAGAAGAGAACGAAAGAAGAGGAACAGAAGGAAGCGAAGAAGGAGGAACAAGCAAAGAAGGAAGAACAAGCUAAUAAGGAAGAACAAGCAAAGAAGGAAGAACAAGCACAAAAGAAGGAAGAAGCCGCAAAGAAAGAAGAAGCAAGGAAAGAAGAGCAGGUCAAAAAGUAUAGGGAAGACGAGUCUCGAGAACAAAAAAAGGCAAAAGAAGACGAACUAAUCAAAGAACUGAAGCGAUCCCGAGAAGCCAAAGCCAAGAAGCCGCAGAAGAAGCGAACGAUCGCGUUGGGACAGCCAGCCAAACGUGAGAAGACAGUCACGGAACAGUCGGAGGAUUCAGAUGAGCACAAGCGACGUAAGGAACCCACAAAAGAGGAGCCGGAGAAGAAGGAACGAGGCGGUUCACUGGAGAAACGGAACGCCAAAAAAACCCCAGCCACCUCUGCAACUCCACCCACAAUCACUCCGCGGAAGUAG